GUUGCAGUGACAGUUAGCGGAGGCAUCCCAGGCCAUAAAACAGUCAACACACCAACACAACGACGUCUUAAAGCACUUUGCUCGGGGCAGUGAAGUGUGUGUGCUGUGAGGAUUAUGUGAGCUGAGCUGUCUCAUUGUUUCUGCGCGGAGUUAAUCAUUACUGAGAAAACCGGCUCCCUGUUGUAACGGAGCGUUAUUGGCUUUCUGAUUAAAUGCUUACAAUUAGUACCGCCCACUCCAAUACUGUCCCCCGCGCCGCAGACUGAGGUACCUGAUGCCCACUGGUAAACCGGAUCGAUAUGAUCUCCUGCUGCAGUCUGUCUUUCACUCUGUUUCUCUGACUUAAAGCGCUUUAAGCAGCAGAGACUGUGUCGGGUAGAAACUGAAGGACGGAUCCUGUUAUUCUGCCAAGAGGAAGAAAAGUCAAACAAACGAGGAUGGUCGGAAUGCCGAGUGUCUUAAACUACAGUAGAGAGAAGAAGAGCCCUGCCAUGCCCGGUUCUCCUGUGGAUGCUAAGACUCAUUCCAGAUCAGCCCCCAGCAGCAGCACCAGCUCCACCAUGCCACCCCUGCCUUCUGUCAAUCCCAGCGGCCCCCGCCCGGCCUCUUUCUCCACCACAGCAUUAACCAAUGGGAAUCAUCAUUCCCCUCCGACCUUGAACGCGGUGCCAUCUCCACCGCAGCGUUACAGCAACGGACCGUCCUCUUCCUCUUCCUCGUCGCUAGCGAACCAGCAGCUGCCGGCCACCUGUGGGGCUCGCCAGCUGAGCAAGCUGAAACGUUUCCUGACCACACUGCAGCAGUUUGGCAACGACAUUUCUCCUGAGAUCGGAGACAGCGUCCGAAGCCUUGUCCUGGCACUCGUGAAUUCUACAGUUACCAUUGAGGAGUUUCACUCACGGCUUCAGGAGGCCACCAACUUCCCCUUACGGCCUUUCGUUAUCCCUUUUCUCAAGGCAAACCUCCCCCUGCUGCAGAGGGAGCUGCUCCACUGUGCUCGGGCGGCCAAGCAGACCCCAGCCCAGUACCUGUCCCAGCACGAGCACCUCCUGCUAAGCACCACCCUGGCCUCCUCUCCAGACUCCUCUGAGCUGCUGAUGGAGCCUCCUGAUGCUGCGACCAAGAGACACAGCCCCAGCAGGGCUAAGGAGAACGGCUUCCACGAGCGUCCGCCUGUAGCCAUGGAGCCGGCUGCAAAACGGAUUUGCACCAUCAGCCCCGCCCCUCGACACAGCCCCGCCCACCCGCUGCCCCUCAACGCCCAGCUUCACCCGACCCCUCCGCCCCUGCAGCACUACGCCCUGGAUGACAUCGCAGCGCCACACAUCCUACACCGCGAGCACAGCCAGCGCAUGCUGGAGAUCCGCGAGCUCAAAGACAGACCCAGGCUCCCUGGCACUAACGGGGGCUACCGCGAGGAGCCGGUGGACCACAGACUGACAGACAGAGAGUGGGCUGAUGAAUGGAGGCAUCUGGACCAUGUGUUGAACUGCAUCGUGGACAUGGUGGAAAAGACGCGGAGGUCAGUGAGCGUGCUCAGACGCUGCCAGGAGUCAGACCGCGAGGAACUCAACUACUGGAGACGGCGUUCAAGUGAGCAGGAGGACCCACGCAAAGGAGGCUCAGGCUCCGCUCCCUUCUCCAAGACACACAGCCCCCACUCCUCAGAGUCAGACUCCCAGCGCGACUUUGCUCCACGGCCAGGCUCAGCAUACGUUACAGAUGAGAUCUGGAGGAAAGCUGAAGAGGCGGUGAACGAGGUGAAGCGUCAGGCCAUGGAUGAGGUUCAGAAAGCAGUCGCAGAGGCCGAGCAGAAGGCCUUCGAGAUGAUCGCUGCAGAGAGGGCAAAGAUGGAGAAGACUCUGGCUGAGGCAAAGAGGAAGGCUCAAGAAGAUGCCAUCAUGGUCAUCAAUGAACAGGAGGACUCCAGCGAGUGUUGCUGGAAUUGCGGUCGUAAAGCUAGCGAGACGUGCAGCGGCUGCAACGCUGCUCGCUACUGUGGCUCCUUCUGCCAGCACAAAGACUGGGAGAGGCAUCACCUUAUCUGCAGCCCAGGACUUCAGGCUCAACCCAAAUCAGUGUCUGCCAUCACUGCGAGCAGGGUAGCCGCCGUGGCCACAGCGGCGGCAGCAGCCGGGGUAUCCCCCAUCGGCCUGGCUGGGGUUAAGGCCCCCGACAGCGUGCCUUCAGUCUCCAGUCCUGGUGGGGAGAAGACUUCGGUCGCUUCUCGCUCCUCCACUCCCUCCACCCCCGCCUCGGCCCCCGAGGCCAAUGGACACUAGGAGGUGAAGGACUUCAGUGGUUCAACAUGUCACCCGUCCUCUUCCUUAACAGGGAGGAACUGAAUCAGCACCAUGAGGGAACUAUUUGUGGGUUAAGUUAGGAUAACAGAUUUUUCAUCAUAAUUGGCAGAUAAAAAAGGACAGAUUAUGGAUGACUGUUUGAGUGAUAUGUCAACUGGGACUUUGGCUUUGGCAAAGGACAGAAGGACUCGUCUCAAAUGCAUCCAUUGGAAAACAGAUCUCCCUAACAGAUGGAAACGUGUUUGUCUUCGUCCAAAAACCCCAAAUCUUGGAUCUGUGAGAGGAGGAAAAAAACUGCUGAUUGAUCUCAGUUUAUCUCUGCCUGCGGGGAGGAAGUUAUGAAAGAAAGGCAUAUGAGAAAACACAGGAGAUUAGGAAACAGCGAGGUAGAAGGAUGCCUCCCCCUCGAGUGAUAUUCUCACUUUGUUGUGUAUAAAUUUAAGAUAGGGAGGUGGUGGUGUUAAAUGUAAACAGUGUAAUAGUACCAGCCAUAAAGCAUCUGUCUUCGUCCUGUAGGAAAAAUCUGACAGUAGACCACGUACGAUCGUCUCUGCAGCUCUCCUGUAUACAUAAAUAUUUGCUCGCCAACCUCUCGUCAGGUUUUCUUCUGUGUGAAUGUGUGUGUCAAAUGGUCGUGCCGUCAGUGAUUAUUGUAAAGCAUAUGAUUACUUUUGUCAAAGCAAUAUUAAAAUGAAGUGUUCAGGUAUCUCGAGCCGUUUCUGCAUCACCAAAGUUUCCAGUCACUAAAGAGAGAGUCAUUGUCAUCGCCUGUAAAUGUCCCUGUGAACAAGAGAUAAUUACACACUAACACCCCCCGCCCCACACACACACACACACACACGUGUCAUAUGUACUUGUAUAAUGAGUUUAACUGAGGAACUCUUUAUUUUUCAUUUCUGAUCAUCAGACAUCUUCAGAGAGCAGAGGUAAAGGUGAUGCUGGUUGGACUGAUGUAAGUGCAGGAAGUUUCACUUCUGACUUUCUUCUGGUUGCAGUUUCAUUUUGGCACUUGUUCACAUCACCAGUUGUGUACGGCAGGGUCAGAUGUUGCUCUGGAUCUUUCCACCACUGCAGUGUUUUCAUCACAAAAGAAGAUCCAUUUGUAAUACAGAUCACUGAUGUUACUCUGCUGCGGUGCAGGAUUUAGAGCAGCGACUCUGUCCCACAGAGAAUCUCAGGAGAUAAACUGUAUUUGUUUGUACAGAUCAUUCUGUUCUUUAUUUCUUUUGUCACAGUUAGAUUCAAGUCAAAUGUUUAGUGCAGAACUUUGAUAUAUCGUACUCUGCUGUUACAACUGAGACGUUGUUUCUUGUUUUUGUUGGUUGUAAGACUUUGUAAAGAAUACUAUGAGAGAAUGCCUUUAUUUUGUGAGCCACGAUUUUCCCUUUGUUCUUUAAAACACGUUCUUUUGUUAUGAGGCAUAACAACUUCAUAUGAAAAAAGAUAUCUUGACAUGAAGUAUGAAAUAAAGAAAUAGAAUUAC